AUGGCCACCUACAGCAAGGCUUGCUGCACACUUCCGCCAGUGGUUGACACUGCCUAUGAGCCCAAGGGCAAAUAUGUCACUAUCUGUGGCAUGAAGACCUACGUCACUGGGCCUGAAACCGCCACGGAAGCCAUCCUGGUUGUAUACGAUAUCUUUGGAUUCUUCCCCCAGACCCUCCAGGGAGCAGACAUCAUCUCCACCUCUGAUGCAGAGCGCAAAUACCGAGUCUUCAUGCCCGACUUCUUCGACGGCAGUCCCGCCGAUAUCACCUGGUACCCCCCAGACACUGAGGAGAAGAAAGAGAAAUUCGGUGCCUUCUUCCAGAACAGAGCUCCCCCACCAAACACCCUUCCCCGCAUUCCCAAGGUGGUUGAAGAGAUCAACAAGACCUACAGCGCUGGUGGCAACGGCUUCAAGUCAUGGGGUGUUGUUGGGUACUGCUGGGGAGGUAAGAUCACCUCCCUCGUCUCUGCCAGGGACUCCCUCUUCAAGGCUGCUGUUCAGGUUCAUCCUGCCAUGAUCGAUACCAAGGAGGCUCUGGAUGUUACUAUCCCUAUGGCAAUAUUGGCUUCUAUGGACGAAGAUCCCAAUGAGAUUGAGACGUACAAGAAUAACCUCAAGGUUGAGAAGUUAGUCGAGACCUAUCCUACCCAGAUCCAUGGUUGGAUGUCUGCUCGUGGUGAUUUGAAGAACCCCGAAGUUAAGAAGGAAUAUGAGAAUGGAUACAAGUCCGUUAUUUCCUUCCUUAGGGCACAUAUGUGA